CUCGCGCUUCGGCGCUGCCCCACACAGCAGUCGCCAUCACCUCGUGCUUUGGGGCACUGCACGUCCAGCUGGAAUCGCGCAAGUGCACCGUGAUCUUGUCGCACGACCGAUGUGGGAAUUCCGUGGAUGAAUGGUGCCAUUCUUGAAUUGGCACCGACACCCACCGCGACAUGAAGUACUUUUCCCCGCAGCCGAUGCACUCGAGUGCCCCCGCCGUGGAUCGAAAACGGGCCUCGUCGACCGCCAUGGCCACCGGGACGUGGACCUCAUGCGAGCACAAGCGGUUCCUCGCUGCGAUCGAACUAUAUCCUCAAGGCCCGUGGAAAGCGAUCGCCAAGUACGUCGGCACCCGGACGCCCCGCCAAGCGCAAACCCACGCCCAAAAGUACCGCGAGAAGCUUCUUCGUCAGGAGAUGCGACCACUCGUGCCGACGACAUCCGACCACCGGGACAAUCCCAACGUGAAGCUGAACGUCGAGACGUUGGAUGUCGUCCAGCUGCCAUCCCACGAAAUCAAAACGGACGUGAUCUGCACUGCGCAAGACGUGAGCGAGUGGGACGCUGUGCUCCCGAUGGACGACGCGAUGGCGUUCCUGGUGGACCUCGUCGACUGCAGCGAAUGGCCUUUAUGACUCGACUGGACCGAAUGCCUCCUCGCCAAUGCCUCCUCGCUCCUUCGGCAGCGACGCGGACGGCGUCACCCUGCCGCGUGCGUUUGCCAUGAUCUAUAAACCCCCGUAGUAAUUUAUCGUGAAUUAAACCAGUCACACUUCGAUCC